AUGAAAUAUAAAUUGUCGGUUUAUUUUUGUUAUUUGAGCCUCAGCUUCCUCGCGAGCCUCUCGGAGUCGCUGCAGGCCGUCAGCCUCUUCCGCCUGCUGUCUGUACACCACAAACUCCCGCUGCAGGCCGUCAACGCCCUGCUGCUGCUCUCCGCAGCAGCAAGGGCCCUCUGCGGCUUCUUCUGGGGCCCCCUGCUGGACCUGGGGGGCCCCCCUCUUGGCUGCUGUUUGUUUUUCCUGUGUUCCCUGGGGGCCUCGCUGCUCACGCGCUGCACUGUCUCCUUUUCCCUCUUAGCAGCAGCGAGGCUUUUCGGCGGCGCAGCCACCAGCCUUUUGGAGACAGCCUUCGAGGCCUUCGCCGUCCACGGACACAGGCAAACCCAGCAGCAGCAGCAGCAGCAGCUGCUGCUGCAGCAGCAGCAGCAGCAGCAGACGGGGGCGCAGCACUCGCUCUGGGGGCAGCAGGAGAAGGCGCGGCAGCAGCAGCGGCUGCAGCAGCAGCUGCUGCAGCAGCAGCAGGCGGGCCCGCGGCCGCCGCAGCAGCAGCUGGACCGAAUGCUGGCGCACGGCUCUGCUGCUGCUGCAGUGGCUGCCGUUGCUGCUGGCCAGGGCCUGCUGCUGAGCAACUUGCUGCUGCCUGAGCUGUCCCGCAACAACAACAGCAGCAGCAGCAGCAGCAGCAGCAGCAGCAGCAGCAGCAGCAGCAGCAGCAGCAGCAGCAGCAAAGAGAAGCGCCGCUGGUUCUCCUGCUCCUUGGGGGCCAUUCGCCUGUUUGCUUCUUCAGCAGCAGCACGUGUUGCCUUUCUGCUGCAGCUGCUGUUUGAGGUCUCUCUCGAGCUUUUCAUUGCGGCCUGGGUCCCCCUGCUGCUGUCGCAGCAGGCCCUGCCCAGCAGCAGCAGCAGCAGCAGCAGCAGCAGCAGCAGCGGCAGCAGCAGCAGCAGCAGCAGCAGCAGUUCGAUGGGCGGCGGCGCCCCGCAUUUGAGCUGUACAGACACCUCGGCUGCGCCGAUGCAGCCGGGCGGCGCAGCGCGCAUGCGCAGUUUAAAUUCAAAUUCAAAUUUGGAUUUAAAUUCAAAUUUAAAUUCAAAUUUAAAUUCAAAUUUAAAUUUAAAUUCAAAUUUAAAUUCAAAUUUAGUUUGCUUCGGCUUUCAGCUUUCUCCAGACCUCUUCAUCGGAGCUGCUUUCGCUCUCCUCAUGACGGCCACCGCAGGCGGCUCUUUGCUGUUCAGUGCCGUAAAGCAAGCUGCUGCUGCUGCUGUUGCUGCUGCUUUUGCUGCUGCUGCUGUUGCUGCUGCUUUUGCUGCUGCUGCUUGUGUUGCUGCUGAUGCUUCUGCUGCUGCCGCUACUCCUACUGGCGGUGCUGCUUUUUCUGCUUCAGCUGCUGCUUCAGCGAUUUCUCCUGCUGCAGUUGCUGCUCUUCUGCUGCAGCUGCUGCCGCGUGUGCUGCAGCCGCUGCUCUUGCUUCUGCAUUUGCUUCUGCUGCUGCUGCUGUUCUUUUCUGUGCCGCUGCUCUUUUUAUAA